AAUAAAUCCAAAAUUAGUGUUUUGGCGCGGAACUUAAAACUUGGAAUACCCUAAUAAACGAAAAUGGAGCAAAAAGAAACACAUUUUCAGAUUAACUUGAAGUUGCUAUUUUCCAAUUGAUUCAAAAGAUGCAGAAAACUAUUGAAUCCUUCUUCAAACAUUCAUCUACCCCAACAUCUGAUCCCGGAACUUCAAAUUCCGGCGAUUUAUUUGACGGAAUUAGGGCUCAAAAUCGGCCGGAAAUUCGAGUCAAAUACACUCGUCAAUCUACCAGGGGAGAAGAAUCGACAAAGGAUGUUUUAAUUGGGGAAGAAACUAGCGAAGAGCAAAGAGAAACAAGUGAAAAAUUGAAUGGUGUUAAUGGUGGAGGGAAGAUUUUGAACAAGAAACGGAAGUAUGCUCAGUUUCAUUUGGAAUUAGGUCAAUCUGAUUUUCUUCUUCAUACAUGUAAAAUCUGUGGAAUUAAGUAUGCUAAAGGAGAUGAAAUUGAUGAGAAAGUUCACACUACAUUUCACAAGAAUUAUACCCAUGGAAUUCCAUUUAAGGGUUGGCGUCACGAAAAGGUGAUUCAGUUGUCCGGCCUUGUAAAGGAUCGUAUUAUACUUGUGUCAAAUUAUGAUUCUCCUGCUCAGAGGAAUAAGGUUCAAGAGGUUGUGAAGAUGAUGGAGAUUGAUUUGGGUGAUGGCUGGAUUUUUCAUGAGUUAUGUAAGGUAUAUUUAUACAUAUCCUCACAAAGAGUUUCCGGGUGUGUCUUUGUGGAGUCUAUUAAUAUGGCACACAAGGUUCUUUUGGACCCUGUGCAAAUGAGUACUGAUGGUGCUAGUGGAAAAGAAGAGAAACCAAUGCAAAAGACAUUGCAAUUUGGAGGGAUAUGUUUUCGAAGGGAAGCUUUCAGGAGAUGCUCUACCCUUAGAACCUCAGAAGCAAUGGAUUCAAACAUAAAUGGAUCAAUUGUAUGUGAAGAGAAAGCUACUCUUGCUUCUUGUGGGAUCAGGGCUAUUUGGGUCAGUCCAUCAAACCGAAGAAAAGGCAUUGCAAAACACUUGCUGGAUGCUGUGAGGAAAAGCUUCUCAUUAGACUACACACUUGGGUGCUCAGAAUUAGCAUUCUCUCAGCCAUCCUCAUCCGGAAAGGCAUUGGCAACCAAAUAUACUGGUACACCAUCAUUUUUGGUAUACAAAAGCUAGUUUUACAUGACAGUUGACUUUGUACCUCGAUUUAGUUGAUAGUAGAGGUCUUCAAAACAGACCAGCUGAUCUGUUGUUCAUUUGAAAUCAACCUGAUGACCCGAAUGAACACCUUUAGUUGAUAGGAUUAAUAUUGAAAGUUCAAAACCUGCAUAUUAUUUUUUAUGUAUCCUGCAUUCCUGCUAGUUGAUUAAGAUAAUGUAUGAUUUUCAUUAUCGACAAUUUCUCUUGUGUUGGUUUAUGUAGCUUCUUUAAUAUAUUACGAUUACGGUUUUGAUAUUGUUGUU